GGCUCGGGAGACGAGCGGAGCGCCUGGCGAGGUCCUCCAGAUGGGCUGGAUCCCCGCUCCUGGCAUCCUCCGCACGGGGGCCCUGUAGGUACAUCAGACUGCGACUCCCAUCCCCCCGCGUUGCCCUCCGGGUCUGCCUGUCUGUAUUUCCCGGGGUGCCCCGUGCUGCAUGGAGGAUGCUGGGAGUUGUCGUCCGGCCCCUCUGGAGGGUGCCGAGUCGUGGGAAGGCUCUCCGCUCGGGACGUGCUGGCGUUGAACUCUGCCCUGCAGCACCGUAGCUCCGGCUCCUCCAAGGCAACCGAGUCCCGUUCGCAGCACGAGGCAUCUUCCCGCAGCGAAAUAAGGCUUUAAACCCUGAGCUUCGCUUCGCCUUAAAUUAUUGCCGUGGUCUGUCGGUGUCCUGUGGGCUUUUUGCUGCCCACAACUUUUUGUUGGUCACAGUUUGCACAAGAUUGCCGCUUCUGAGUACACGUGUCAGCGAUGGAUAUAAAUGCUGAACGGGAGAAAAUCAGGCUGGAGAUUCAAGAGCUAGAGAGGAGUCUUGGCCCCAGUCUCCCUUGCACUGAAGUUCAAGUAUCAGAUUCUAGCCUUGAAUCAGCUUCUGAUGAUGGAGAUGACCUUGAGAAUGGCGACGGCAAUUCCGAUUCUCAUGUUGACAUGGAGGUGGACCCAGGUGGAGUGAAAGAAGCUGAUCAGGAGCAAGAGGGAGGAGUGGUGAUUUAUCUCCCACACACUCCAGAGACCUGCCUGCAGAUGAACCUGGUUUAUCAGGAGGUGAUUCAGGAGAAGAUGGUGGAAAUCAACCUCCUCCUUGCCCAGAACAAAGAGCAGCAGGAAAAGCUGAUGUGGGAGCUCGCUGGAACAAGAGGGACAAAAUCAGGCAGUCGCAAGACCUUGCCCGCCAAUAUGUUCCUGGGCCAUUUUAUGAAGCCAUAUUUUAAGGAUAAAACAUCGGGGAUUGGUCCCCCCGCAAACAGCGAUGCCCAUGAAAAGGCGAGGCAAGGCAUCAAGUCUUUUGAGGAGUUGAUCACUAUCAAAUGGAAGAGCCGUGAGAAGCUGUUGCUGCGUCAGUCUGUGCUGAGUGACCAGUUGCAGCAUCUGCUUCAGCCAAAGCUACUGAAGCUUGACUACCUUAAUGAGAAACGCGAAAAAGCGAAGGAUGAAGUGGGAAGGCAGAUCUUUGAAAAGCAGAUACAAGAGACAGAGCGUGAAAUCACUGAUAUCAACCUGCUGCCAGAGGAGGCUUUACUGGGGAGCAAAUCUGACGAGCACGACUGGGACAAGAUCGCCAACAUCAGUUUUGAGGGGACACGCAGUGGGAAGGAGCUGAGGAAAUACUGGCAGAACUCGGAGCACCCCAGCAUCAACAAGAAGGAAUGGGGCGAGGAGGAGCUUGCACGGCUGAAGGAGGUGGCCGCCCGGCACCGCUUCGUGGGCUGGGAGGCAGUCGCCCAGGAGCUUGGGACUCGGCGCACAGCUUUCCAGUGCCUGCAGAAGUUCCAAGCCUACAACAAAGACUUCAAGAGGAGCGAGUGGGCCCCAGAGGAGGACCAGAUGCUCCUUCACCUUGUGCAGGAAAUGCGGGUUGGGAGUCACAUUCCGUAUCGGAAAAUUGCCUACUACAUGGAGGGGAGGAACUCUGCCCAGCUGAUCUACAGGUGGACCAAGUGUGUGGACCCCAACCUGAAGCGAGGCGCCUGGACCCCCAGGGAAGAUGCUUUGCUGUUAAAGGCUGUGGCGAAAUACGGACCGAGGGACUGGUACAAGAUCCGGGCCGAAGUGCCAGGCAGAACCGACACCCAGUGCCGAGACAGAUAUUUGCAUGCUCUGCACUAUGACAUUAAGAAAGGGAAAUGGAGCGAGGAGGAAGAAAGGAAGCUGGUUGAACUGACAGAGAAGUAUGGCGUGGGCCAUUGGGCCAAGAUUGCUGCCGAGCUUCCCCACCGCUCGGGAUCCCAGUGCCUCAGCAAGUGGAAGGUGCUGCUCGGGUAUCGGGGAAACAGGAGAAAGAAGCAGGGGAACAGGCUCUAUCGGAAGCGGCGCCGUGCACAGAGGGAGGACCUCUGGGAGACCAGCAGUGAAGAUUCGGAGCUGGAGCUGGAGCUGGAGCUGGGCGAGGGUGGCAGCACUGAGGAGGAGGACGAAGCACCCAGGCCCAGAGCCGAGGGCCACUGGAGAGUGCCGAGCAUCGACCUGUGGGUCCCUGCGAGGAGAAGUCCACUGGGGGCUCAGCCAGAGGAGCUGCCCUCCGUCACUUUGCUCUCCAAAGGCUUCGAUGUGAACAGGGAGCAGAAGCCCCUCUGCAGGGCCUUUCCUGACGGGCAGGAGCACGCGGCAGCAGAAGGCUCAGGUGGAGGGAUUCUGCAGCCGGAGCAGGGCCACGUGCAGGACGGAUUGUCAGAGGAGGGAAACGGACCUUCUGUAUGCCCAAAGGACUCCUGGAGGGUCUCCCUGGCUUAUGUCAAAAGUGUGCUGCGAAGGAACAGCUAUGAGCUGCAGAGGAGAAGCCGAGAAAUCACUAGAAAGAAGCGUUUCCUCUCUGCUGCCCAGGCAGGGCCUGAGCGGUCCAUCGUUCCGACAGCCAGCAGACCGUACGGAAACCCCAGGCCAAAGGAUGGAAUGUGGAAGACGACCCUCUACCGGAGGCUGAUGAUGGCCAUCGCCCCUUGGGCUGGAAGUGCGGUGCAGGCCUGGGCCCUCCAAGUCAAGGCGGAGGCUUCUCGCAAGUCCAAAGUGGAACUCAUCUCCAAGCAGCUGCAGACGGCCCACCUCGCCAGCACGCCUGUGUUCACCCUCUUGAUUCAGCUGCUCCGCAUCGAUGUCAACGGUUGCAUGAAGGUCAUCCAGAAGCGGAGGGCUCCGCAGUCAGAGCUGCUGAAGGCUGUCGCUGCGAACACAGGAAAGGAGCAGCCCCUUGCCAAGGCCCCACUGGCACAGAAUGCGAAAGCCCAGCACAGCCUGCAGACUUCCGCUCCGCAUCCUGGCAAGAGACUCGUCCCACUAAAAGCAAAGGAGGGCCCCGCUCCAGCUUCUUCCCGGGCAGCGCGCUGCUCUGGUUCGGCCCCGAAGCCCAAGACAGUCUCUGAACUGCUGCGGGAGAAGAGGCUGAGGGAGGCGAAGGUCAAGAAGGCCGAACAGAGGCGGCUCCUCCUCACAGCCCCGCCACUGCUGCUGCCCUCCUCGGUGAUCAUCCGGCCCCAGGGGCCUCCAGCUGCCCAAGGGCUGAGCAGCCUCCAGGGGACCCCCAGCGGCCAGGUGUCACUCUUGCCAGCAGCCCUGCCUGUGGCCGCUUCCACCCCACCGGUCCCACCAUCCGAAAUGGAUCGCGUGCCCCCGCAAGCAACUUCGCGGAAUGUUUGUGAAACAGCCGUGGUGAGCCGCGAGAGAGCAGAUGCCCCCAGAAAUGGAGCCCCCCACGGCCAUCGGGGGGCCACCCCACCCAGCCAGGCGAACGCCUCUUUCCCAGCUCCCCAAGCCUCCGUGGGGGGCCCUCCUGGCCCUUCUCCCUCUCUGGAUCCUGCUGGCACGGGGGAUCCGUCCUCCUCCUCCUCCUCCCCUGCCGCGGCAGCCGCAGCAGCGGCUCCCCAGCCUGGCUCUGGCGCGCUCCCGAAGGCGGUCCUGCCCAUCACCUGGGUGCUGACCCCGCAGGGCCUCAUCCCCAUGACAAUUGUCAGCCUCCCCAGUCAGGGAAAGCUGCCCGUGGGUGCUCCUGGAGCACCUCCCCAGCUGGGCCAGGGCACAGUGGCCACUUCCCCCCAGGCCCCAGCCGUGGGCGCUGUCUUGGCGACUGGGGGAUCCAGCCAGGCCCCUCCGGGAGCCCGAGUGCAGGAGCGCCUCUCUGGCAGCCCACAGCCCAGCGGGGUUGUCCAGCAGGCGGCCUCGGCCCCCUCGUCGCAGCCUCUUCCCGCUCACCCCCGCGGGUUGUCGGAGAGCCUGCCCACCACGUGCCCCCCAGCAUCCCCCUCGCACGGGGCUUCCUCGCGGAGCACCCGUCCCGUCAGCCCGGCCGGGGCUGCCCCAGCCUUGGCCCAUCCGAGCCAGGUGGUGGGGAACCCUCCCCCUCUUGCACCCCCUCAGCCAGGCAAGGCCCCCCCCGGCCCAGAGGCACAGCCGCCUGCCCCACACGAGCACAAACUCUCCCCCGACUACGGCCUCCUCUCCCAGGAAGACCCGGCCGCCGUGAAGGGCUGGGUGAGCGCAGGGGCCGCAGCCCAUCUGCCCUGCCUGCCCCCCUUCCUGUGCAGCCUGAGGACGGUGGGAGCACUGCUGCUGAACAAGGAGGCCCUGGAGCGCACCGCCGCGCCUCUCGUCGCCCCCGGAGGGCGGCCGGACGGGCUCGGGCAGGCCGGCCUGAGUGCUCUGCGAGGGCUCGUGCGUCAGCAGCUCGGGGCCAACCCGGCCUACCAGCUGCUCAGAAGCAGGUUCCUGGCGGCCUUCACCUUCCCGGCCGCCCUCGCCGCGCUGCCUCCCUGCAGAGUGACGACCACACUGUCCGGUGGCAGGUGGUGGGAGAGCAGCUCUGGGGAAGACUCCAGCCCAUCAGAGGAGGGGGAGGAGGAGGAGGAGGAGGAGGAGGAGGAAGAUGACGACAAUGAUGAGGCUGCAGAGGAAUCCCAGAAAACAACCCUGGAUGAGCCCGGGAGGACGGCAGAUACCAGCAAGGAGCAGGAGGAGACAAACACGGACCGCGCUGCCUCAGUCCCUUGGAGCACACCCACGUUCCGGAGGAGCACACGCCUCCGAAAAAGGAGGCGGCAGCUAUGAGGGAACAGCAAGCGGCAGGCCUUUGCAAGCCAGCCGUUCUUUCCCGAUCCUGACGGUCUCUGGCAGCCCCCAGCCAGCGUGGCCUUCAUGCAGCCUGGAGUUUGGCUUUCUUCUUGGCCGUUUCUUGCUUUCAUGGCCUUCUGCUGGAGUCGUGCUUGUGCGAAGGAAAGACUCCGGGCACGUGUAAAAUGGCGACGCAGAAUGUGGGUUGUUGCUGAAUCCUGAGUUUGUUAACUGGAGGCAACCCAAAGUUCACACCCAACAGGCAUAUAGAAAUGUAAUGUAAUAAUAAUAACAGCAGCAAACCGUGGCUGUGUUUUUGUGGGUUGUUCAUGGCUGAAAACCAUUUUUCUUUUGCUUUUUCGCAGCAUGACUGGGCUCAGUCUGUGCCACAGCUGGCAAUUCAACAACUGCGAGAGCCAGUCCUGUGCUCAGUUGUAUUCUGGGUGUUCGUGUUAUGUAAACAAUCUCUUUGGUUGUCCUUGUAUCAGGUGCAUCAAUGAAAUUACCUGCUGCAUCUCACCAUAAAAGGAAGAUGGAGUUACUCAUCAGGCAGUUGGCACUAGCAGCGAGCGAGUGUUAAGUCUCGCUGACAGCAAAGGGGGAGGGAGAAUUACCCUCGCUGGCCGUCCCGGUGGGCUGCUUUGGAGAAGUAAAAACUGUUCCUUGGCGUAUACGGACUGUCCCUCUUUUUGCUGUCCUCCAGCAUCUAUGUGUACAAAGUCAGGCAGUCAGAGGAAAAGGGUAGUAAACAUGUAUUUAUAAAGUUUGUAAUAUGUGUGAGCUCCUGUGGCCCUCUGUGCGUGCGUGUGCAAGUGAGAGAAUUUUUUCCAUUUCUGUAUGUGAGUGUUUAUGGCUUUAGAGCAGAACUUUUAACUGUUCUGAGCAAGGUUUUUUGUUUCAAACUUGAGUGUGGCUUUCUGUUUUGUAUUAAAUAUGCUUAUACUUCA